AUGACCGAGGAGAAGUCAGAGACUAAGUUUACUUUUUUUCAACAGUUGGCAUAUUGCAUAGUACAGUUUCUAGAAAAAGAUCCAACGUUAACUGAAUCGGUCGUCAGGGGUUUACUAAAGUUUUGGCCAAAAACCUGCAGUCAAAAAGAGGUCAUGUUCCUUGGAGAGUUGGAAGAAAUCUUGGAUGUUAUUGAACCUAUACAAUUUGUAAAAAUUCAGGACCCACUCUUCAAACAAAUCUCCAGAUGUGUUUCCAGCCCUCAUUUCCAGGUUGCUGAAAGGGCGCUUUAUUACUGGAACAAUGAAUACAUUAUGAGUCUCAUAGAAGAGAACUCUGCAGUCAUUCUGCCCAUCAUGUUUCCCAGCCUUUACAGAAUCUCUAAAGAGCAUUGGAAUCCGGCAAUUGUAGCUUUGGUCUACAAUGUACUGAAGGCUUUUAUGGAAAUGAAUGGCCCAUUAUUUGAUGAGCUCACGGCAACCUACAAGUCGGAUCGCCAAAAAGAAAAGAAAAAGGAAAAGGAGCGGGAAGAACUUUGGAAAAAGUUGAGGGCACUUGAAAUAAAGAAAGGUGCGAUAACCGGGACGUCACCUCAAUGAAGAAAUUUGGUGCUAGUGUUCCCAUGAUAUAAGUUUAUGUAGUAAGAGGUGGAGCAACAGUUUUCUGUAUUGUGCUACUUACUAGAUUUUGCAUCUGUUUCAUUAUCAACGACAGUCAGUUCUGUAACAAUAUUGUAUAUAACUUUUCUCUUCAUGUUGAAAUGGUGUGUCAAAAAGAAGGGCGUCAGCACGAAACGUGUACAUUAGAUGGAUGUUUUGAGAGCUCAUUGUUCUAACUCUCUUCAAAAAAAGAAAAAAAGUCUAGCAUCCACGUGGGUGGUACAGAAACUCCAAAGAAGAUAGCUAUAUCAGGAUACCUGAAUCGAGCGUUCCCUACUUAUUGGUGGCAGACUACAAGCAAAUAUAUUUUAGACUGAAGGCUGUGCUCCUGCUUGACCCUGAGACUUUUUUUGCAUUUUAAUUUAUACUUAAGGUGAAGUUAUUUCUUACAAGUUAUGGAAGUUUUAUUUUUACUUUGGUUUGAAACCUAUUUGGUGUUACAAUACCUCUUAUACACAGCACACUGGUUGUGUAAGGGUUAGUGUCCGUAUGCAUCAAGAUGCAAUUGAUACCCUUUUGUACUGAUGGAACUGUAUUAAAGUGCAUGCCUGGCAUAUGCACCAGCAGUAGUGUAUAUUAGAGAAAGUAUCUGGUCAAGAUACGUAAUUGUUUUAAUGGGAUACAAAUCUGAGUAAGCAGGAAAUCUCCAAUAACUAACCAAGUGUAAGUUGGUUGUACAAGAUGUUGUUUGUUUGCAAUAUAAGCUACAUAACCUUUUUAUUGUUUUCACAUUUACACCAUGCAAAUAAUUCAUACAGAAAACUUAACUUGAACGUUCCUAUAGAGAAAUGAGCCCCUUCUUAACUCCAUGCACAGAAUUUAAUUAUAAGUGCAUCAGACAUUGAGAGCACGAAAUACGUGUAUGUCGUGUGGCACGACAUAAGGCUAACAUUGUUAGGAUUCUGUAUAUUUAAUACGUGGGGUCAUCCACGCCAUGCACACUGCAGCAUUCUUAAUGAACCAGUAGGGAAAUAAGCCAUAAUAUCUUAUGGCAUAAAAUGCACUGUAUUGAUCCAAUUGGAUUGUUCACUACCAGUGUUACAUUGCCCCAUGUUACAUUGCCCCAUGUUACAUCACUCUGUUGAUAAAGCAGUUUUUAUCCCACCAGGUGUGGGAAGAUGUAUGGUAUCAAACUUCUUUUCAAAAAAACUUUUUUGUAGUUUUUAAUUUUACUGCAGCUCAGACAUGCUCAUCAUCCUGCACUGUUCUCAACCUUUUUUUUAAAAAAAAACUUGCGUCAGACUUCAAAUAACCAUUAAAUGAUCAUUAAGUUUCACAGGUUGUCCUUGAUCCUUUUGUUCAUUACUGCAAAGUGUUGGGAUAUCGGAAUGGAAUCUAAUCAAAUGCUGUUUCUUUUAAAUUAGAUAGCAAACAUAGCAAAAUUUGAUUUCUUUCAGUUUGAAGAAAGGGCUAAGUGGGCCAAACAAGAUACUGCCUCAUCAAGAAACAUGUGAUAUUGAGUAAUCACUACUUGGUUCAAGUACAGAUACAAGAUAUUUGCACUUAGCUAGAAUUGGUUACUAUACAAUGGAUGCUGUACAUUAGAUCUGCACCAGUGAAAGUGUUAAAUAACACAAAAAUUGAUGUGUGUAUGCUCCAUGGAAAUGUUUGGUUUUUUUGUUGGGGGGAAUAAGCUAAAAUAAAAUAUGAUAAGCAGAAAUAAGAUAUUUCAGAUGAGCAGGGCUUGAAAGAAAUGUAUUACAACUUUUAUAAAGGUUGACCAGUAAAACAAGUUAAGACUGUCUUAAAGACUCCACUGUACUUUUCAGAAGUACCAAGUGUUGAAUGUGAUGAUGCAUUCCAGUCAGUAACCUCCUUUGUUUAAGCAACCAAAGUGUUGCUGACUGAGCACAUUGAUAGUACAUAUGGUGGGUUUUGCACCAAUGCAAAGCAGUUGCUGUAUUUCAUGACAGAUUACUGUGAACACCUUCAGUUCAUUUUUGACCACAUACUGUAAAUAGGCUGUAAUCCGAUGCUCAUGUAUUGACUGAGGAGUUUUAAAAUAUAAAUCUUAAAUAUAAAAUAUAAAAUGAAUUUCUUGUGUUACCUUCUUUAUCAUACAUGGAAAGACAAUGCUACCUACUUAGUAUUCUUUGUAUGGAAAGUGCACUUGAAAUUUUUCAUGUCUUUUUAUCUGUCAGCAGUAUUACUAAAAUCCUGGCAGUGUGUAAGUUAUGUAUAUUGCAUAAUUGUACAGUAAUGAAUCAAAUACAUUCUGUAAAUUAUGUUCUUAAAACUGAGAUUACUUUGUCAAAACCAUUGAUUCAAAAAAUAUUUUCAACAAAGUGGCAUUGUAUUAAACAUAAAAUAUUAGCACCUGUAUCAUUUUAUGUUAAACUGCUGUUCUCAUCCAAGAUUACCUCGAAGGCACUCUACACAAACGCUAGAAUUAAUUUUAGUGUGCCACUCACGUCAAUGACAGACUUGAGUCUUUAUAAAAUCAAUUAUCAGUGAUUUUUUUUUUGUCUGUAAUCAUUGCAAGUACUUUCAUGUGUUAUGGACACCUACAUUCCUUUUGCUCCGUUGAAGGAUUAGUUAACAAUGAAUUGCUUCGGUGCACAAGAAAUAUUUAUAUAUGGAGAUAACUGAACAAAGUGUGGUUGGUUGCAACUUUACUCCCUGGUUAUAAAUGUUAAAUAGUUGACAAGUGUAUAAGAAACUAAAUGUCAAGGAUGCUGAGGAAUCUUUAUUACUCUCUGAGCUGGUAAUAUUUUAUGUAACUUACAUGGAUAAAAUCAUAAGCUAAAUGGCAGUUUUUCCUUUUAAUGACAUUUUCUAAAUAGGUCAACUUUGUUCAUGACUGCAAAAUAUUUUGCAGUUGAGGCUUGAUAUUACUUGAAUCUGAUAUUGUAUUUUUGAAAGAGCAGUAAGUUCACUAGAAAAUGAGUAUUGAGCUUUAGACCAAUAUUUACUAUCAAACUUCAAUCUGUCGACAAUAUGGAUAUAGUUUUAAAGCAGUCUUUCUUCCAUUAAAUAUUUGUGAUGAGAAACAAAUUGUUAAAAAGUACCCUUUUUUUAAUGACUGCCUUAAAUCACUAUUCAAUAUGAUCCGACAAGUUGUGAUAGAGGCUGUUAAUGGCAGUUUAGAGAUUUGGGGAUGGGUAUUCUAUAAAUUCAAUUUUCAGUUAUGGUAUUAAAAUCAAAAUGUUUAAUGUGUAGCUGCAAAGCUGUACUAGGAAAACAUUUUGUAAUGGUACUAUUAAACUAUAAAUACUAAUUUAUCAUUUAUAAUAUUUUUAAAAGUAAAACUAAUUUUAAUUAACUACAACUUUAUCGUAUUAAAGUUUAUGUUCCAGAAAAGUACAACUUUAAACAGAUUUAAGCAAUCGAUGUAAAAGGAUUAGUUAGAUUAUGUAGGAUCUUUUAUUAUUGAGGAAGAGCAUUAAAGUUAUAUUUUAUAUACUCUGAAUUAGUGUAUAUUUCUGUACUAUAUAUUUAGUAUGAUUGUUAAUGAAAUAACUUCCGAAACAGUUUUAUAAUAUAAAAAAGAAUUAUGCUAAUGUGUUGCUUCUGACUCCCCCUCAAAUAACUUGCUGCAAGGGAGGGCUCAGGAGAGGGGCAGUAAGGAGCAGGAAGUGAAUGGAUGAAUGGGAAGAGUUCCAGUUGUCAGAUAGGGAAGCAAAGACAGUGUGUCUUGAGGAUCAGGAAAGGUCUCUCUGAAAUGGCACCAAUUGGAUCAUGUGCACUUCAUUGCCUCUGGCGUGAAACAACAUAAAAAUUAAGUCCUAACACAGCGAGCAUACUGGCCUCAUUAUAUCACAAUGCUAAAGAGAAAUGCUGCCAAAUGAGGCAAUUUUAAAUAGGGACUUGCUGUAUAACACUCAAACUUUACCUUAUUUAAUGGUUAUGGUUAUGGUUAACAGUUAACUCUGAAUCUAUUUUAAAAAGUUCAGGUAAUUUCACUCU